AUGGAGAAUGAGAGGGAAAAGCAAGUUUACUUGGCGAAGCUCUCUGAGCAAACCGAAAGAUACGAUGAAAUGGUUGAGGCGAUGAAGAAAGUUGCUCAACUUGAUGUGGAGCUCACGGUAGAGGAGAGAAAUCUAGUCUCUGUUGGGUACAAGAAUGUGAUUGGAGCAAGGAGAGCUUCAUGGAGAAUACUAUCAUCCAUUGAGCAGAAGGAAGAGUCCAAGGGAAAUGAGGAAAAUGUCAAGCGGCUUAAGAAUUAUCGAAAGAGGGUUGAAGAUGAGCUUGCCAAAGUUUGUAAUGAUAUCUUGUCCGUCAUCGACAAGCACCUCAUUCCUUCGUCUAACGCUGUGGAGUCAACUGUCUUUUUCUACAAAAUGAAAGGAGAUUAUUAUCGCUAUCUGGCAGAGUUCAGCUCUGGUGCUGAACGCAAGGAAGCUGCAGAUCAGUCUCUUGAGGCAUAUAAGGCUGCUGUUGCUGCUGCAGAGACUGGUUUGGCACCCACACAUCCAGUUAGGCUUGGCUUGGCCUUGAACUUUUCCGUUUUCUACUAUGAGAUCUUAAACUCUCCUGAGAGCGCAUGCCAAUUGGCUAAGCAAGCAUUCGAUGAUGCAAUUGCUGAACUUGACAGUCUGAACGAGGAAUCAUACAAGGACAGCACUCUUAUUAUGCAGCUACUUAGAGACAAUCUCACCUUGUGGACUUCUGACCUCACAGAGGAAGGAGAUGAGCGAUCCAAAGGUGAUGAGCCUCAAGAAGAGAAUUGA